AUGAGUGUCCAUCAAGCAGAUAAGUCGGGGGACACGCCACUUUUCUACGCAAUGGAAGCAAAAAAGACCGACACUGUCAUCUACUUGCUUAGACAGGGUGCGUCGCUGGGAGUCAACAACAAGAGCUUCGAGUCGCCAGAGAGCAUCGCACCGGUUGAG